CCUUAUAUCACAUCCAGUUUCUUCAGAAAAAAAAAUGUUGCUUAAAGGAUCAUCUAGCAGCUUAUGGAAAAGAUUUGCUGUUGGUUUUGUUCUUCUUUCUGUUGUUGUUGUUCAGGCUGAGGAUCCUUACAGGUUCUUCACCUGGAAUGUUACUUAUGGAGAUAUUUUCCCACUUGGGGUUCGCCAGCAGGGAAUUCUGAUCAAUGGACAAUUUCCAGGGCCUGAUCUCUAUUCUGUUACUAAUGACAAUCUCAUCAUCAAUGUGUACAACAACUUGGAUGAGCCAUUUCUUCUUUCAUGGAAUGGGGUGCAGCAAAGGAGAAACUCGUUCGAGGAUGGAGUGUACGGCACGACUUGCCCUAUCCCGCCGGGCAAGAACUUCACGUACAUUCUACAAGUGAAAGACCAAAUCGGUAGCUUUUACUACUUCCCAUCCCUUGCUUUCCACAAGGCCGCUGGUGGGUUCGGUGGCAUCAGGAUCCUCAGUAGGCCGAGAAUCCCAGUUCCUUUCUUGGAUCCCUCCAGCGAUUUCACUGUUCUUAUCGGAGAUUGGUUCAAGAUCGAUCAUAGGAAAUUGAAAGCUAGGCUAGAUGGGGGUCAUAAACUUCCUUUCCCUGAUGGUAUUCUAAUCAAUGGUCGUGGACCUAAUGGCGCAUUCUUCACAGCUGACCAAGGCAAAACUUACAGGUUUCGGAUAUCAAAUGUUGGGCUUCAGAAUUCACUGAAUUUCCGAAUUCAGGGUCACAAAAUGAAGCUGGUCGAAGUGGAGGGAACCCACACGGUUCAGACCAUCUAUGAAUCACUCGAUGUCCAUGUGGGUCAAUCUUAUUCUGUGCUUGUUGCUAUGGACCAGGCUGCUCAGGAUUUCUACAUCGUGGCCUCGACUCGAUUUACUGACAAGAUCCUUACAACCACUGGAACUCUUCAUUAUAGUAACUCCAACAAGCCAGUUUCAGGGCCGAUUCCUGGUGGACCGACGACCCAAAUUGAUUGGUCUCUUAACCAGGCUCGAUCCAUUAGGACCAACCUAACCGCAAGUGGACCAAGGCCGAAUCCACAGGGAUCAUAUCACUACGGUCUCAUCAACAUAACCAGAACAAUCAAGCUAGUGAACUCAGCUGCUCAAGUCAAUGGGAAGCAAAGAUACGCUGUUAACAGUGUUUCUUUUGUUCCACCUGAUACACCUUUGAAACUAGCCGACUACUUCAAGAUCGGAGGCGUUUUUCGAGUCGGAAGCAUCUCCGAUAACCCAACCGGUCAACCAAUGUACCUCGACACAUCGGUUAUGGGUGCUGAUUUUCGAGCCUUUGUGGAAAUCGUGUUCGAGAACCAUGAAAGCAUUGUCCAAAACUGGCAUAUUGAUGGAUAUGCCUUUUGGGUCGUCGGCAUGGAUGGAGGAUUAUGGACACCGGACAGUCGUAAAGAGUACAAUCUAAGAGAUGCAGUUUCCCGAUCCACCACACAGGUAUAUCCUAGAUCAUGGACUGCUAUUUACAUGGCUCUUGAUAAUGUUGGGAUGUGGAAUGUGAGGAGUGAAUUUUGGGCACGGCAAUAUCUUGGGCAGCAAUUUUACUUGAGAGUGUAUUCACCCGUGCGAUCAGUGAGGGACGAAUAUCCCAUUCCGAAGAAUGCUUUGCUCUGUGGCAGAGCCCAAGGGAAAAUCACAAGACCUCUCUGAAACAGUUAACAGCCGAAACCAUUCUGAAGUGUCGAUAAAUGUAUCAAUUUUAAGCAUUCUUUUUCUUUGUAACAAACUUAUAAUGUUCGAUUUCUGUUAUAAAUAAGUCUUCUGAACCCUUCCCUA